AUGUCGGCUCGCAAUAGCCAGCGCCCCGACUCGCGGGCAUCAACCACAAGCGCAGCGUCUCGUCAGAACGAUGCGCUACCGCCGUCGCACCCCGAUGCGAAAACUGUUCAGGUCACAUAUAUGCCCCAAGGCCCCGAAGCAGCCCUACUACAAUACCACCAGUCGGGCAUGGCUCCACAGGCUGUAGGACAAUACGAUGUCGUUCCACAACAGCAACAUCUUGGGCAUCACCACGCCCAGAGCAUCCAAUUCCCGGUCCAGGCGCAAUAUGGCCCCAACGACUCGCCGUAUCUACAACAAGACAUGGUCUAUGCACAGCAUGUUCGUGUAGGAUCGGUCCCCAUUCAGCCUGCGGUUGAGAUGCCUGACGACAAGAGACGGAAGACUUCGGCCGUUACCGCGACCAACGACAAAGAAUUGAGGGAGAUGCUGGUGAAGAACGAAGGGAGAGGACUGAGAGAGGUUGCUCAAGAAGUCAUUCAGAAGGAGAGAACGCCUAUGGCAGAGAAGACGAAGCAGCUGUUUGCUAUGCUCUGGCUACGUCAAGUUUGCAAACCAGCAAAGACCUCUGUCCCGAGGAACCGAGUAUACUCCCAGUAUGCCACCCGCUGUGGUACUGAGAGAGUCGUUCCUCUAAACCCAGCAUCGUUUGGCAAGCUGGUCAGAGUCAUCUUCCCCGGCAUCCAAACCAGAAGACUUGGUGUCCGUGGCGAGAGCAAGUAUCACUAUGUCGAUCUAGCGCUCGAAGAAGAACCGCCCAACAUGCCGCACUCCUGGCAAGGCGCAGUGUUCCAGCACAUGGACAAUCGGCAACGGUCCCAAUCGAUGAGCACCCAACAGAUCGACUUUAACAACAUUCCUCGCUUGCAAGCCGACACGGCCGCCUUCCCCAAUGACGGCAGCUUUGACUUGCAAUCCGCCCUCCCUCCGACGCCGAGAGGGCCAGCAUCAAAAGGCCAAUCCUUCGUAUAUCCCAUGUCGCGAGGCAUGCAAUCUGGAGCUCCGGAGUCUGCGACAUACCAGCACACCCUACGCUUCCCUCCCAGCAACAUGCCGGUCUUCUCGGAAAACGAGCCUGUCAACUUGCCACCGAUACAUCCAUACCUUCCUCCUCGUACAGAUACAGACACCGCCGAAGCACUUGCUGCGCUAUACCGGACGCAUUGUACAUCCCUGAUUGACAGCAUCCGGUUCUGCAAAGAGAAACAGUUCUUCCGGCUUUACACCUCGUUCCACGGCACACUUACUGUUCCUGUACAGAAACUCUUCACCCACCCUAAUCUUGCUCCUUGGAUAGAGCAAUGCGAUCUCGUCAUGUACAGAACCAUGGUGCGCUUCGCCAGCCGCCUGACGCUGCAAGCCGCUCCGCCGGUUGUCAUCAACAUCCUCUCGAACAUCUCAAAUACACUUCACGACCACAUCGCAAAGACAUUCGCUAGCCAACCGCCGCACGUGCUGGAAGCUAAACUAAAACCUGCCACCGUCUUCGCUGGUCUGCUGUAUCGCCUUAUCAGGGUCAAUCAGUCGGCCCACGCCGCCGCCAACCUCCUCACCGUCGACCACAACAGAGAGCAGAUGUGGCGGGAAUGGACGGUCAUGGUCAACCCGAAACGGGUGAUGGAGGCCGAGCUGCCAGACUGCGGCUACGACGAGGUAUACAACAUCAUGACUACAGAGAUGCGGAAUCUUUUGGAACCUUUACCAGCUUAUCAGGACGAUAUGUCCUAUUACAACUUCGAGGCGGACAAUGGUGGAUUCGCACAGUUCUUGCAGAGUCAGACCGCACCUCCAUCCCGCAGUGGACCAUCGCAAGUGUCGACCGAGACUGUUCUCGACCGGUGGUCAGCGUUCUUGUCCGGCUUGCCAGGUCGCUUCCCCCAUGCGCCAGCUCGGACGAUUCUUCAUUGCAUAUCUGCCGUGGGCACGGCGGCGCUGCGAGACAUUACCAUUGGCUGUGGUGCAUCGUAUGCCCAUUGGUGGGUGCUUAAAAUCUUUGUCGACGAGAUGGCAUUGUGGCUGGCCGAGAUGGGUGGCUUUCUUGAGCCCACUAUCCCCAACUCGCCGGUUAACAGCGCCAACAUGUAUCAAUCGCCGGUAUUGGAGAACGGAACGGGACGAAGUCACAGCGGAAGUCGAAUGAGCAGCAUGGGUCCUGCGAGUGCUAAUGGUAACGACCAGGCACAUGCUCUCUUCAUGGCCGAGGCUCAACAGCAGAACUUCUCCCAACAACAACCCCAGCAGCACACCCACGUACAUGGGCUGCCUUUCCAACCGACCCGUCAGCCAUCGGGUCUCAAACAGCAACAUCACCUGCAGCAGCAGGACAAUGAUAUCGAUGAUAGCGGCAUCGGGAUGUCGCUGAUGGACGACGAUCUGACCAUGUCCAAGUUCGGCGUGACCGGUCCACACGUCGCCAUGGAGGGCAUGGGCACGACCGACAUGCGUGUCGAUCCGCUCUGA